UUCUGCUUGGCCGUUCAUUGGUUGACAACGCGAAGCCUGUUCUGUUGUCCUUAUUGGCUAUUGUCGCUGUCCGUCAGGGCCGUGGGUCGAACCUUACCCAUUCUUUGUCUGGGAGAGCUCUUGUUGUCUGGGAGAGUGGUGGAGGCGCUGCUGUGGAUUGGUCACCGGGAGAAGCCUCCGAUCCGCUCCUAUUGGCCCGUCUCCCGGAGGGCGAUGCUGAUUGGUAGGACAGAGCAACCUGGGUCCUAGUUGGCAGUGCUCUCACCGGAUGGGAGCUCCGACCGUGGAGUGAUGGUGGCGGCAGUGAAGAUGGGCCGGGCAGGGACUAUGGCGGUGGCGGCCGAGAUGGCAGGGGCGGGGUGGCUGGCAGUGGAGGAGGUUGUGGCCUUCAAGGGGCUGUAGGUGGAGGCAUGGCUCAGGCCAGCAGCGGGAACAGCAGCGAGGAGGCCUGGGGGGCACUUCGGGUGCCGCAACAGCAGAAUCCAGCAGCGUCUUCUCCUGAGGGAGCAAUUUGGAGAGCUGGAAUCCAGACUCGCGCCCUGGAUGCCAUCCUUUAUCAUCCACAGCAAUCCCAUCUGCUUCGAGAGCUGUGCCCAGGAGUGAACAACCAGCCCUACCUCUGUGAGAGUGGUCACUGCUGUGGGGAGACUGGCUGCUGCACCUACUACUAUGAGCUUUGGUGGUUCUGGCUUCUCUGGACUGUCCUCAUCCUUUUUAGCUGCUGUUGCGCCUUCCGCCACCGACGAGCUAAACUCCGGCUGCAGCAACAGCAGCGGCAGCGUGAGAUCAACUUGUUGGCCUACCAUGGGGCAUGCCAUGGCCCUGGCCCUGUCCCUACCGGUUCACUGCUUGACCUUCGCCUCCUCAGCGCCUUCAAACCCCCAGCCUAUGAGGAUGUGGUUCACCACCCGGGCACACCGCCGCCUCCUUACACUGCAGCCCCAGGCUGUGCCUUGACUGCUUCCAGGGAAUGCUCCUGCUGCUCCUCUGCUUCUAGCUGCCCUGCCCACUGCGAGGGAACAAAUGUGGAAGGUGUUUCCUCCCACCAGAGUGACUCCCCUCAUCAGGAGGGUGAGCUUGGGGCAGUGGUGAGCCCUGCCCCCACAGCCCCCUCUGGCCGCUAUCGCCGCCUAACGGGUGACUCUGGUAUCGAGCUCUGCCCUUGUCCUGACUCCAGCGAGGGCGAGCCAGUCAAGGAGGCUAGGGUUGGUGCCACUCAGCCAGAUCUGAGGGACCUCUCCCCUUGUGCGCUGCCCCUAGAUCCCACACCCUAUGUUUAUCCUGUGGGGCUGGCUUCCAGUGAAGGGGAUAUACCAUAAAGUUUUGGGAGGGGUGGGUGGGUUACUCGUCCACCAAAAAGAGCCCUGAUCCCAACUCCUUGAGUUUUCCUCUCCCUCUGCCCUCCUGGAUUCUGCUUGGAAGGGCUGGAGUCUUAGAGAGGGGCAGUGUUUGGGGGGACUGUGCUAGCCCUACCCCCCAUGACAUACACAGGAGACUCUGAUCUCAUUAAAGAGAUGUGAACCAGCUCUUGUG